AUAAAUUAUUCAUAAACCAUGCUUUGUCAUUUGUCUCUUAAUUUGCCAAAAUUUUAUUUCCUUUAAACUGUGAAUUUCAUCUGCUUGCAGACAGAGAGAGAGAGAGAGAGCAGUGCAGUGAAGGUGAAAUGUUUUUCGGUAGUACUCCAGUUCUUCUUUGGCUCUUCUUCUUAUCUUUAUCUCCAUUGACCAAAGCUAAAGUUCCAGCCAUCAUAGUGUUCGGAGACUCCUCCGUGGAUUCGGGCAACAACAACCUGAUCUCGACGGUUUUGAAGAGCAAUUUUCAGCCUUACGGUCGUGAUUUUUAUGGGGGUCAACCAACUGGACGCUUCUGCAAUGGCCGAAUCCCUCCCGAUUUCAUCUCCGCAGCUUUUGGACUGAAACCCGCCAUCCCAGCUUACUUGGAUCCUGCUUAUAAUAUAUCGGAUUUCGCCACUGGUGUUUGCUUUGCUUCUGCUGGAACUGGCUACGACAAUGCAACCUCCAAAGUGCUUAAUGUGAUACCACUAUGGAAGGAAUUAGAGUAUUACAAAGAAUACCAGCGAAAGCUGAGAAGCUACGUCGGUGAAAAUAAGGCAAAUGAGAUUCUGAGAGAGGCCUUGUAUCUAAUGAGCUUAGGGACGAAUGAUUUCCUAGAAAAUUACUACGUUUUCCCCACCCGAAAAUCCCAGUUCUCAGUGAGGCAAUACCAGGAUUUCCUGCUAGGACUGGGCGAAAACUUCGUAAGGGAACUCCACGCUCUAGGUGUCCGGAAAAUAUCCAUCACCGGCCUUCCUCCGAUGGGGUGUUUGCCGCUGGAGAGGGCCACCAAUAUCCUGGGCCAAAACGACUGUGUACCCGAAUACAACAAUGUGGCAUCCGGAUUCAACAGGAAACUGGAAGGCUUGGUUGCAAAACUAAACAAGGAGCUUCCUGGAAUGCGAAUGGUGUCUGCACCUGCCUAUGACAUUUUCUAUCAGAUUAUUACCAGACCUUCUCUCUUCGGGUUUGAGGUGACGGGAGUGGCAUGUUGUUCGACGGGGACAUUCGAAAUGAGUUACCUAUGCAAUCAGUAUAAUCCAUUUACAUGCAGUGAUGCCAAUAAAUAUGUAUUUUGGGAUGCUUUCCAUCCCACUGAAAAAACUAACAAAAUCAUCUCCGAUCAUCUUAUUCCUCUUCUUUUAGCUAUGUUUUCUCAUUAGUUUUUUAUAUUUUUCAUUUCUCUGCAACUACAAACUCUCUUUUACAUGCAUGCAUCCAUGGAUGGUGUUCAUUGUCUAGCUAAGCCUAGUUCUAUAUCAAUAUAUAUAGCUGUUCUUUCACAUGGCUAAAAAUUAUCAAUAAGAAAACCCUUUUUAUCUCAA